AUCAGAAGAUCAACGAAAAAAGUUGCUACUGCUCUUACUCCAAGGCGAUCUGAAUUUCCCCGUUCUGUCAAAGGUUCAACGCGCUCCAAUCGACGUGGACGAACCAAGAUCGACGAGGUGCCCCCAACCCCUCGACUUCGACCUGAAGAUUUGGAGAAGGGCUUGGCUCGGAGCGACAGCAAA